AUGUCUUUUUUGACUGAACUCAAAGAAAUUAUUGAACCUUCUUUACAGACAAACCAUGGCGUUUUUCGUUAUGUUCAUGAUCGGUCCACAUUUAUUUUUAAUGAACUCGUCAAGAUAGGGUUUGAUCGUGUGCAUCAUAUAGAUCAAGACAUGACCAAACUGACUUUUUCUACCAUAGAUGCUGCUUUAAGAACCCAUUUGAUCACAUUCAGUUUACCUGCGCAGUAUCCCCUUGUACCACCUCGCCUCACAGGAUACCAUUUACCUGUCUCUAUGGACAUCACCUCUUGUUCACAUCUACAAGACAUGCUAAACCAACACCAGUCUCUAAUCAAUCAAUAUCAACCCUUGUUUGACUGUAUGGAUGAUUUAGAUCAACAUAUGCGUAUUCUUGAACCAGAUCAUCCUACCCGUACAGACUGUUGGCGUCGUAUUGCACUUGGGCAUCAUUGUUCGCUUGAGAUCGAGCUUAACCCAGACAUGCCUCGUCAGAACAAACCUAAAGUUCGAUUCUUUGGUAAUGCCAAUCGAGUGCACGAAUUAAAGCAGCUAUGGCAUGCCAAGACUUGGCACCAAGACCAACCCAUUCAUACAAACCUGUUGGAUUUGUGUCAAGUAACAGGUGACCAAUCAGAAUCCAGUGUGAAUGAUGUCGAGUGUGGUAUUUGUUAUGCUUAUAAACUAAAUGGAACAGACACACCUGACAUAAUUUGUGCAUUAUGUAAUCGAGGAUUUCAUGAUGAGUGCCUGUAUCAAGUAAGUGUGGAAAUGACGUCAUUGUACUUAUGA